AAAGAGUUGAGAAGCAUAAGAGUGCUAGAUCUAACAGGGUGCGACAUGGAACGAUUACCCAAGACCGUUGGGCGAUUGAUACACUUGAGAUACCUAGCAUUGUGCAGUACGCUAGCAACACUGCCGUCGUCACUCUGUAGGCUUUACAAUCUACAGGUGUUGAAUACUUCUAAGUGGUGCUGGUCUGGCCGGUUCCCACAAAACAUGAACAAACUGUGUAACUUACAACAUUUGAAUGUUACCAGUGGAUUCAUCUCGCAGAUUGCUGCAAUUGGGAGAUUGACUAGUUUACAAGGUUUAGCUGAAUUUCAUGUUCAGAGGAAGAAGGGGCACAAAAUAGUUGAGCUGAAGGACAUGAAUGAGCUUCGAGAAUCGCUGGAGAUCAAGAAUCUCGAGAAUGUAAAGAGCAAGGCAGAGGCCGUUGAGGCUAAAUUGAAUCAAAAGCAGCACAUCAGAUCACUGAGGUUAGAGUGGGGCUCCUCUAUGAAGGUCGUGAGGAACGGUGAUGAAGUUCUCGAAGGCCUCAAACCACAUCCUGAUCUCGAAAGGCUCGACAUCAUACGCUACUACGGUAUCAAUUCUCCAAGUUGGCUAGAAACAAAUUGGCUAUUCAAUCUCAAAUCUGUGAUUCUUACCAAUUGCAAGUUUUGGGUCUCUCUCCCCCCUCUUGGGCAGCUGCCCAGUCUCAGGGUUCUGAAAAUUAGUGGCAUGGAAGCUGUAAAGCAAAUUAGUUCUGAAUUCUAUGGCAGUGAAAACCUAAAAGGGUUUCCGAUGUUGGAGUUCUUAAAACUUGAAUGUAUGCCGCUUCUACUUGAGUGGCAUGGCGUAGAAGAAUACCCAUUGUUUCCUUCUCUACGCGAUCUUGAGAUUAAGAGAUGCCAAAAGCUAAUUCAAAUACCUACUCUUGCCACGCAUGCGAACAUGUCGAUAGUUGAUGUUGGACCGAUUAAUAAUCUAGAGUUCUCCUUGUCGCCAUCUCCAGACAAUCUCUUUACUUUGAACUUAUGUACUUCCACUAUCUGCCUCGACAACUAUCUCGACCGCCGCUUGUUUGGGGCCAUUGAUGUGUUGAACUUAGAUAUGAUCUAUAAAGCUUCAGUUUCCACUAUAGAUCUUCAAGCAUUCACGUCUCUCAGGCAACUGAAACUAUCACACUGUACUCAAUUAGUGAUAUCCGAAACACCAAAGGAAGAGACCAUUCACAGCAUCUUGCCGCCAUUGCUCAAUUACCUCAACAUUGAUUCUUGCGGGGUGACAGAUGAGGCAUUAUCUUGUUGCCUGUGUAACCUUACUUGCCUUUCCUUUUUAGAGAUAAGAAGUUGCCAUCAACUUGUAUCGCUUCCUUCAGCACCGAUUUUGUGUCAACUAACAGCACUCAAAGUAUUGCAUAUCAAGAACUGCGACACAUUAGUAUCGUUGGGAGGUCUACAUGUUCUUACUUCGCUUACAGAGCUUAUACUGACACAUUGCCCAAAUGUCUUGGCAUCAACGAUCAGUGAAGAGGACGACAGCAGCACCAGUCUUCUGCCUUCUUCACUGAUGUCUAUCGAGAUCAACUCAUGCGGCCUCAUAGACUCAGCGUUAUCCAAAUGCCUGCAGAACCUCGUCUCUCUUUCCACAUUGAAGAUCUACGGAUGCCAUCGAAUUACAUCGCUACCUUCGACAAGCGUGAUGCGCCACUUGACAGCAUUAAAGCACUUAAAUAUUUGGUGCUGCCCGGUCCUGACAUUGCUUGGCGGGUUACAAAACCUCUCCUCCCUCGAAAUGCUUCAAAUUUUAAAUUGCCCUCAGCUUCUGCAAUCUGUGAAUAGACAAGAAGAUGGCGAUGACAUUUUACCCCCAUCGAUCAAGUUGUUGGAACUCCAUUCCUGCGGUGUUAAUGACAAUUCUUUGACCCUAUGUCUGCAAAACCUCACCUCUCUUUCCAAAUUGAGCAUAGAAGGCUGCAACAACAUCACAUCUCUCCCAUCGGAUGCCGUGAUGUGCCGUCUGACAGCGCUAGGAGAACUGAGCAUCGACGACUGUAAGGAGCUGAUGUCAGCUGCAGGACUAACAGCGCUAAUCAACCUCAGAUGCCUUAACAUUGAAAGAUGCUUCAAGCUUGAUUCCAUGGCCUUGCUAGCUGACCUGAGGAGCGUUUCGUCACUUAAGGACCUGAACAUAAUGGACGGAUCGGAGAUCCAAUCGCUUCCUGAUAAUGGCCUGCCACCUUCUCUCGAAUAUUUCAGCUUGCUUCAAUGUCAUCCAGAGUUAAAAAUGCAGAUAUUAAACAAAAACGGACCGGACUGGAACAAGAUCUCGCACAUUUCACAAAUCAUCUGUUGAGCAUAUCUUCAGAUGGAACUAUGGAAGGUUUCUCUGAAAAGCAGGUUUAGCAGCAUCAUCUCAUUUCAUGAGUCAGAAACCGACAACAUAACUCGUGAUUCUCUCCAUGAUUAGAAUAGCACUUUAUUUGAAAACUCACUCUUCUUAUGAUAUCAUCUUACAUACUAAUUUGUGUACUCGCGGAUGCUAAUCUUGCUCUAUUUGGCUCUAUUUUAAUUCUGAAUCCCAGCACUACAUUAAUCUGUUAAUUGGUGCAUGGACCAAAAAAUGUAUCAGUUGUUUCAGGUUUACCAUAGAAUAGGAAAAUGGUGAUGGCUGUGACUAGUUGAAAUAAUGAAAUGGUCACUGAAGUUAUCUAUUUAGCAUGCAUCUUUUUGUGUUUGAGAUAGAGAAAAGAGUUUGCCUAAUGUUUUUCUGAUCAAUCUAGUAAUAUGAUUUGGAGUCCUUUAGUUCUACUUGUAUCUGCUUCUCAUUUUAUCAAACAAGAAGUAAUUAACCCAUAAUUGGCCUUGAGUUUGUGCUGUUUAUUAAUGGUAUCAUUUGUUUUGAGUUCAUCUUGAUACGACGGCUACAGAUGUCAUCAAGCUAGUUUAAUUCAACUUGGACUGGGGCUUCAUUUGUUAUUUUUGCCAUACUUCUGUUUUUCUGAACGCAAAUUUUAUGUGAUUGGAUGUGUUAGUGAAUGGACUUCUUUGUUAUUGUCAUUAUUGGUUGGUUUCCAAUACAUCUGGUCUAAUAAAGAACAA